AGUUCGAGAGACGAUACUACAGCGCCUCGAUACAUCCAAUAAUGUUUGCAAUCAGGUGGAACUCAUGUACAGUUUUUAGUGUUUUAAUUGUUAAUCUGGGCUUAGUUAAGUGCGAGUUUAGCGUUCCUAAUUUGCAGUUCGAAGCAUACGAACCAAAAGGCUUCAGGGUAUCCAUACCAGCCGAUGAUGGAGUUCAACUGUUCGGUUUUCAUGGAAACCUUAACAAAAAAAUUUCGCAAAUAGAACCGGGAGACCUGAGCGAGGAUGUUACUCGGCCGGAAAACAGCAUCUGGUCGUACAACAACAAGGACCAAGCAUUGCAAGUUGGCGACACAAUCCAUUACUGGGUGUUCGUCCAACACAAGUACUUGGGAUACAGAAAAUCCGGAGAAUUAAAAGUAGACAGACUGAUAAAGCCGUCUGAAAAUCAAUGCAAUGCAGCUAAUACUUUAGUUAAUGGGGGAUCUAAGGGUUGCAUUAAUCAAGUCAUUUUUGAAGAUGAAUUUGGUACCGGUAUUGAUAGUAACAAAUGGACUGUUGAGCAUUACAUUCCUAACCAAGGGCCAGAUUAUGAAUUUGUUUCAUAUCAGAGCUCUGCUUGCCAAGUAAUAGAUAAUAAAUUAAAAAUUACACCCACAGUAUUAACAAAACAGGAACUGGGACAGUCUUUAGACUUAAAAAAAGGGUGCACAAGAUCUGAUAUUACAGAAUGCGUACAAAAAUUUGGUGCCAUAUUUUUGCCACCAAUCAAAUCUGGUAAAUUAACUUCCAAAUUUAAGUUUACUUAUGGAACAGUGGAAAUUAAAGCUAAAUUACCCACUGGUGAUUGGAUAUACCCAGAAAUUUACUUGGAAAUGAAUUCCAAUCAAAAAGAAAGAAUUUACAUUGCUUAUGCAAGAGGCAACAAAGCCCUAAAUUUUAAUGGAGAAAAUAUUGGAGGUUCAUGCCUUUAUGGUGGCCCCGAUGAGAGUCUCUCGUUUAGAAAGUUUGCUUCUCUUCAAAAGCAAAAAUCACAAAAAGCUUUUACAGAAGCUAUCCAUGUUUAUAAAGUAUCAUGGACACCAGAAAAAAUUGAAUUAUAUGUGGAUGGAGCAAAAUAUGGAGAAACAACUUUAACUCCUGCUUUCAAAAAUUCGGCACAAUUGGUACUUGGAGUUGGUGUGGGAGGCAUAAAUGAUUUUCCUGAAGGCAGCACUUCAAAUGGUUACAGCAAACCUUGGAAAAAUUCUGAUCGUGACAUGUUUAAAGAUUUCUACAAUCAAACAAGCAACUGGAAAUCAUCAUGGACUGAUUCUUCUUUACUUGUAGACUAUGUUAAAAUUAGGGCUAUUUAAUGUGAUAAUUUUAUUAAAUAAACUUUUACAGAAA